GCAGCAGCAACAAGGCCGGUCCAUAAUCAAACAAUGCAUAGCUUUACUACACUCAUGUGCCACGUCGACUCCCAAACUCAAACAAAUCCACGCUUUUUCCAUCAAACACGGAGUCCCUGUCACCAACCCAGAUUUAGCCAAACACCUUUUAUUCACUCUACUCUCUUUACCAUCAUCAUCUGCGCCAAUAUUAUCAUAUGCCCACAAAAUCUUUACCCAAAUUCAUAACCCAUAUGUAUUUACUUGGAACACAAUCAUCAGAGGCUUUGCAGACAGCCAAAACCCGAAACCCGGAAUCGAUAUAUAUCGUAAAAUGAGGGUACUUGGGGUCCAGCCCGAUAAUCAUACUUACCCGUUUGUGUUAAAAGCUGUUGCUAAGAUGAUUGAUGUUAGAGAAGGGGAGAUGGUUCAUGAGGUGGUGGUGAAGAAUGGUUUUGGUGAGUUGGUUUUUGUGAAAAAUGGGUUGGUGCAUAUGUAUGCUGUGUGUGGACAGGUUGAGAAUGCGAAUAAGGUGUUUGAUGAAAUGUCUGUGAGAAAUUUGGUGACUUGGAAUUCGGUGAUUAAUGGGUUUGUUUUGAAUGGGAGGCCGAAUGAGACGUUGAGGGUUUUUAGGGAAAUGGUUGAGGAUGGGGUGGAGCCGGAUGGUUUUAGUUUGGUUAGUUUGUUGACGGCGUGUGCAGAGCUUGGUGCGUUGGCGUUGGGUAAGCGGGUUCAUGGUUACAUGUUUAAAGUUGGAUUUGUUGAGAAUUUGCAUGCUGUUAAUGCGCUUUUGGAUCUUUAUGCGAAAACUGGAAACAUUGUGGAUGCGAAAAAGGUUUUUGAUGAAAUGAAGGAGAAUAGUGUUGUGUCGUGGACUGCGCUUAUUGUUGGUUUGGCUGUGAAUGGAUAUGGUAUUGAGGCGAUUAAUCUUUUCAAGGAGUUGGAAAGGCGAGGGUUGACACCGAGUGAGAUUACUUUUGUAGGGGUGUUAUAUGCUUGUAGUCAUUGUGGGAUGGUCGAUGAAGGGUUUGCGUAUUUCAAAAGAAUGAAAGAGGAGUUUAAGAUUGAGCCUAGAAUAGAACAUUAUGGAUGUAUGGUUGAUAUGUUGGGGAGAGUGGGUCGUGUACAACAAGCUUAUGAUUACAUUAUUGACAUGCCGUUGCAGCCGAAUGCAGUUAUCUGGAGGACCUUACUUGGAGCAUGCACAAUACAUAAGCGUACGGAUUUAGCAGAGGUAGCUCGAGCACAGCUGAUACAAUUAGAACCUAAACACAGUGGAGAUUAUGUUUUGUUAUCAAACCUCUAUGCUUCUGAAAGACGUUGGACUGAUGUGUCAAAAGUGAGACAAACAAUGUUACAAGAAGGGAUACAAAAGUCUCCUGGCCAUAGCCUCGUUGAGUUAGGAAAUCGGGUCUACCAAUUCACCAUGGGUGACACAUCUCAUCCACAAAGUGAAGAUAUCUAUUUGAAAUUGAGAGAGAUCACAAAGUUGUUGAGGCUACAAGGUUAUAUGCCUCACGUUUCAAAUGUGCUUGCGGACAUAGAAGAAGAGGAGAAGGAGACUGCUUUAUCGUAUCAUAGUGAGAAAAUAGCAAUUGCAUUUAUGCUUAUCAACACACCGAAUGGAGCUCCUAUGACAGUUAUGAAGAACUUGAGGGUAUGUGCUGAUUGUCACCUUGUGAUAAAACUCAUUUCAAAGGUUUUUAAGCGAGAAAUUGUGGUAAGGGAUAGAAGCCGGUUUCACCAUUUUAAGGAUGGAUCUUGCACUUGCAAAGAUUAUUGGUAAGUAGACAGUAGGAAGUUUAUAAUAACCAAAAUUCACCUGGAGGGUCAUGUGAAUCAACAUUUUGGAUAGGCAUGUGGGAAGAUGAUUAAAGGCAUCCAGAGAAGAAAAGAAGUAGAAUUUGUUCUAGUUUUGUUAAAUUUUUGACAAAGUAGAGUAAUAGUUCUACAUCAAAUCCAUCAUAGUCAGUGUCUAAAUACACAGACUCGGAAAUUAAGAGUCAUAGUGUAAGUUCUUAAGUUGCAUUAGAGUUAUAAACAUGGUCCCUGGACUGUCUUUACCUCUGGUUUAAGUUAUUUUCCCUGCUACUGUAAUCCUCAAACAGAAGUGGUGCUUGAGAGCACUCCCGAAGAGCACUAGAACAAUAUAUAUAGUCUUUCAUUACUAAAAUACUAUAAAGAACUUUUUUACUGCA